AUGGUUAAAUGGCUCGAUAUCCCGGAAUCGGACCUUGACGAGAUGUGCAUCGAAUUCGAGCUAGGCACGGGCGGGGGCCAGACAAGAUGGAAGAGAUACCAAUCUUCCUGCAUUCCCGUGAAUACGACACUUCUGUUUCAGCAACGUGUAGGUGUGCUGGACGAACUCCAUGCUGCCUCGAGGAUGAUGCGUGCACUACCGGAUAUAUCUGUCCUUCAAGGACAAUACCGGUACAUCGAUAUAGCCCGGUACCGAACAUAUUUCACUGAGACGACCAUCACGAUGAGUGUGCAUGCCACUGAGCAGGUAUACCCACCGCUUUGGUUCUUCCUGUUGCAAUUCGAUGGCAACAACGGUUCCGCUCACGACUGCAAUAUUCCAAGCGGAUUCUGGUCGUCGGAGAAGUAUCCAACCUCCGUGCCGGCGGGUAUCAUUUUCGAUUCGACAUCGCAGUUUGAGCACAUUGAGGGUGUGAAAGCUCCACUAUUCACCUGGACGCAAGUGCUUGGAGACCUCGUAUUCACCACACGGACAAAGAUGGCCACCGAUGUUCUGCAGCUCGGUGAAGACGAGCUCUUUGCAUUCAGAGAGUUCCAAGAGAGCCAUCAUUCGACUAGCGACACCUCUGCUAGCGACUCGGACGACUCCGCUGGAGAUAGAGUCGCAACGGACGACAGCGAUGAGGAUGACACCGAAGACUCUGACGCCAAAUCCCUCGCAUGGAGCUCCAGCAACGAAGAUCACGUCCUCGGGGUGAACCACGAGUCUCCGGAGUCGGACUAUGAGAACGCGACCGACGUGGGAGACGAUAGCGCGGAAGAAUAUUACAGUGCAGAAGAGGACGAAGCCACGGGACUUGCAUGUGGCGAGUGUCCGUCUUGA